GUGAUCGUGACGUCACUGUGUGAAGGCAGCCGGGAGGCGGACCUGAAGGAGGACGGUUCACCUAACUCUACAGCGUGUCUGAGCAAAAUGUAACAUGGAUGAGGAGAUCGCUGAAAGUUGGGAAGAAGCUGCUGAUAGUGGGGAAAUGGAAAAACGGUUGGAAGAGAAGCUAAGGAUCAGCCAGAAAGAAAAGGAUUCCAGCAAUUCUUCAAGAUCUCUGAAGAAAACCAUGGUAAUACAGGACGACUCCUUACCAGCUGCACCUCCACCCCAGAUACGCAUUUUGAAGCGGCCGGCGAGUAACGGUUCUCUGACCUCGGGCCCGAAUCAGAACAGGCCUACACCGCAGGUCAAAUCCCUGGCCCAGAGAGAAGCAGAGUAUGCCGAGGCCAGGAAGAGAAUACUGGGCAGCGCUUGCCCAGAGGAGACGCCUCAGGAUAAGCCCAACAUAGACAGACCAGGGCACAAUAACUCUACACUGCCUUCAGAGGACACCAGAUCAAACAGUCACACUGUCCGGCAGCCAACCGGCCCAGACGGUACCCAAGGGUUCCAACAGCACAGAUAAGUGCACCUAGAGGGCCCCCCAGCCCCUGAGGGAGAGAGAUAAAGGGUCUCUUGAGAGCAAAUGCAGUACUGUAUUCUUAAAAACGUCUUCCUUCAGUUCCCUACGUACACGGGGAUCUAUAAGUAAAGCAUCCUUGCUGUCGGCCUCUUUCACAGCCGUCUAGGACCGACAGGGAGCGAGGAACUCCAGGAAGAAGUCCAAUGAAAACAUGCUCUCAUCUCUCCCCACUUCAAUCUGUUUGGCACUGUGAUUAUGGACAUUUUCUGGACUCACUGUGAUGUUCCCCUUUAAGAAAAGCCCCUCACCUCCAUCUGUCUCCCCUCCGGUUCUAAGUGGCUUCGUCAGAGGAUGCCAAAAGGACAAACAGAAAGACUUAAACAGAGGAGGAAAAAUGAGGGGCCAUGUUAAAAUGAGAUGAGCUGGUACUUGUGCAGCAGCUUUCUCCCAGCAAUAAGACGUCACCUUUUUGUGUUUUUAAUUUUCAGUUGUUGGCUCACUAAAUUUUAAUCUCAACUUUCUCUCGCUUGUCUUUAUCAAAUCUAGGGUUGUUCUGAUAUCUAACAGGUAAAAGUAUGUCUCUCUCACACACACAUACACCGCAAGAAUCUGUUUAGAGCAGCUUUUUAUAUUGAGUUUGUUUUUUAAAAUAAACAUAGCAUUUGCUGUUUUUAAGAAAUAGGAAAUAUGUUUUCCACCUUUAUUUGGUGGCAAAAUCUGACAAUAUUACAUGUUGGGUUCUUUGUAUGGUUUAAACACCUGGAACUGCAGCUGGUGUCUAAAAUGCACACACUGCUAAUGAGUACUUGACUGAGAUUUUAGAUUUAUCAGGACAACCUAAUAUGUAAAUUGCCAUUUGUUUCUUAAAACAGGGGUUAGGAUUUAUGUGGAAGUUGUAUAUCUGACAAGGUAUGUUUACGGUUUUUUUUUGGUUUUUUUAAGCUUUCUGGCUGUCUUCCUUAGACUGUCAUUUUAUUUCUAUUUAAAAGUAAAGGCAAAAAAGAUGAGAUGUUGGAUUGAAGUCCAUUUUAAGUAGCUUUCCUGCAGUUUUUUCUUUAAGAAGAGGGCAGCAAUGUCAGAGCAGUAUUUUUUUAACUAAAAAAGAACCAAAAGCCCUUUUUUAAAAAUCAAAAACUAAUAAAACAACAACCUAAAAAUCAUUAUUUGAAGGUGAUGUUGGCAGCAAUUUAAAGAAGGGUCAGAUGGUGAAUUUACUGCUGUACCUCUCGAGCCUCACUGUCUUAACUCCACCUUGUUGGCGGCGUGCUUCUUUUCUUCAUACACCCCACUGAAGUACAGCAUGUAGGAACUCAGGUCAAGUGAAUGAGGCUGAAUGAAUGAAUAAGAUUGUAUUUUUCCAGCAGGGUUGAUUGCUCAUACAGCUAAUGUCCGUAUUUAAGUUUGGGUUGGCACUUAGAAACCGUGCUCUAUAAAUUGCAAUGUAACUGAAAUGAUGUCUAUGCCCCAAGGUGUAUGAAUGUUGGGUGUGUUUUGGUUUUUUUCCCCACCGUCAGCAUUUUAGUCACAAGAAUGGUGAGUAAUGGUCCACUGCUUAAAUGUAGCAGCUAGCUGCGAUCCAGAGAGCAGUUGCCUGUGUGGCUUUCAAAGACCAUUGUGUUCAAUAGAUUUUUUUUUUUUUUUUUUUUGGAAACAGAGGAGAUUUCAAAGCCAUAUUAAAUGGUGUGACAUAAACACAAAAAGUUCUUACAGUGGUUGAAUUCAGCUUGUGCCUCCUGUAUCACAUCUUUACUUCCUGGGUUUUUUUUUUGGUUGUGUUACUGUAUUUCAAGAAACUGAGGGUGAGUUCACAGUACUGGUAAGCGAUUUUUUUGUUCAGGAAUUCUAACGACAGAGCAGGAGACGGGUUUAGCCAAGUGCGAACACAAACUGCCUGUAAAUACUUUAAUAAAAUGAUUUGGGGAAAAAAAA